AUGGACAAGAAGACCGCCAAGUCGCCGAACGCCGGAAGCAAGCGCAAGGCCGCGGAGCCCAAGGCCAAGACCUCGAAGAAGAAGGUCGAGUCGGAGGAAGAGGACGACGACGACGAUGAAGAGGACGACGACGAUGAGGGCGAUGAUGACGAAGGCGAUGACGACGAAGGCGAUGACGAUGAUGAUGACGACGCGCCAAAGAAGAAGCGCGCCAAGACCAACGAUGAUGAUGAUGAGGAUGAUGACAACGACAACGACGAUGACGACAAUGUCAAAAUCAACGAAGACGACUUGAUCGGCGUCGAUACGUCCAACAUCAUUCCCCGUGCGCGGCGGCGCGCUGCGGCGGCCGCCAUGGCAGCGCCGAUGCUCGAAGAAGAAGAGACCGCGGCUGCGCCGGGCGGCGACGACGAUGGGUCGAGCGGUGAAGAAGCCGAAUUUUAA